UCGCGACGCGUGCGUAUUCUCUUUCGCCGGUUUCGCGAACCUCAUGAGACUCGCGUGUCCCUCGCAGCGUGACUCGUCGUCCGUGUUCGGCCACCUGUUCGCUCCAGAAAGUUGACCGGGAGCACCGCGAACAAUCGGUACCCCCGGUCCCCCCGUGAAUCGUUCCCGUUCCACCCGGGCGCGAUCGCGAUUUUUCAUUCGGUUCGCGCGUGACAAUAUCGCCGCGGGAACAGCACGCCUCGUGACCGCGGUUCCAGUGAAUAUGUUCGUCAUCGGCUAACUGAAACCAGUGCACGAUCGGUGUAUGUCUGUUACGAGGAAAGUCAUCCGAGUGUGAGGAAGUCUGUGACCCUCGUGGUAACACGCCACUGAGGAAGUCUCUCGGUGAUUAUCAGUGCGAAUACAUCUUUGGAUUAUGACCGUUGGGAUAAACGAGCCUGAGGGAAGGCGGCACCGCGAACCGGUCGCCAGGAGGAUUCCUAUGAAAAUGCUUCAAUCGUUGAACACUCUGGCGAGUAAAAUCUCGCCAGGCUCCCCGACUGACAGCAACGCAAACAAGGUGCACAUUCACAACAACAAUAACAAUGUUGUGCAUCGUCAUCAUCCGUAUUCGAAACAGGAGAACCAGCAACCGUCGCCAUCCUCGCAGUCUAGCAACGGUGAUCAGAAGGAAAACACAAUGAAGAACAACAACAAUGUAGAGCAGCCGGACCCCGACAAUAUAAAAAUGUUCGUUGGCCAGGUGCCACACGACAUGGAUGAAAAUGAGCUGAGAAAGCUGUUCGAAGAGUUCGGUCGAGUGCAUCAGAUAAACAUCCUGCGGGAUAAGAUCACCGGGAAUCACAGAGGAUGUUGCUUCGUAACAUUUUACACGAGGAAGGCAGCCCUGGACGCGCAGAAUGCACUGCAUAAUGUCAAGACUUUUACCGGGAUGCGGCAUCCGAUUCAAAUGAAACCGGCGGACAGCGAAAACAGAAACGAACGGAAAUUAUUCGUCGGCAUGCUAUCGAAGAAGUUCACCGAAAACGAUGUUAGGAACAUGUUCAGUGUCUAUGGGGCUAUCGAGGAGUGCUCGGUGCUAAGGGACAGCACGGGAAAAAGUAAAGCCUGUGCCUUCGUUACCUUCGCUAGUAAACAAUACGCCAUCAACGCCAUCAAAGCUCUUCAUCACUCGCAAACGAUGGAGGGAUGUUCGUCGCCGCUGGUUGUGAAAUUUGCAGAUACACAGAAGGAAAAAGACCAAAAGAGGAUGCACCAACUUCAGACGAAUCUUUGGAACAUAGCGGGAGUCAACAUGACGCCGCAUUACCUGACCAAUGAUACGCCUACUCUGGCGCCCACCUCGUUGCAGUUAUUGCAACAACUUCACGCAACGUCGAGUGCAGCGACUCCGGUAGCAGCAGGUGCCGCUGGUGCGAACGCUCUGUCGAAUGUUCAGCAUCAAUUAUUGUUACAGCAACAUCUCGGUCUCGGCGCGACGACCCCGGCGCACGCUGCCGCCCCCGCAGUGCCCAGUCCGCCCGAAAUCAACCCCGCGAAUCUUCAGAGCUUAGCGACCUUGGCGUCGUUGAGCAACACCGCCGGUGAGUAUGCGAACGCAGGCGUGUCCCCGAUGAGUAUGCAGAACCUCGUCACCUUGGCUGCCAUGACCGGCGGAAACGGGAACCUUCAGGUGUCGCCAAACACGUUAAGCGGACUGGCGAAUUCGACAGCAGGUAUGUCGCUAUCUGUCCUUCUUGGAAAGACCGGAAACACAGGGUCCACUGGAGGUAGUCUUAGUCCUGUGACGUCUCUAGCGCUCAAUUCCCUAACGGGGACACCUUUGAACGGAUUGCACGAUUCCUUGAGCAACGCCUAUUCCAGUUUGCAACAAUACGCUGGAUUCCCCGCGUUCACGGCGGCAGCGGCCGCGGCUGCGGCGGCGGCCCAAAAGGCGAAAUUCAUUACCACCGAUAAGCAGAUAGAAGGUCCCGAGGGCUGCAACCUGUUUAUUUACCAUCUACCGCAGGAGUUUAACGAUAUCGACCUCGUUUCAACGUUCCUCCCAUACGGGAACGUCAUCUCUGCCAAGGUCUUCAUCGAUAAACAAUCGCAACUGAGCAAAUGCUUCGGCUUCGUGUCGUACGACAACGCAACGAGCGCGCAAGCGGCGAUCCAGGCGAUGAACGGUUUCCAGAUCGGCAUGAAACGGCUGAAGGUCCAACUGAAACGAUCCAAGGACGCAUCGAAACCCUAUUAGCCGACGUCGCCCACCGUUCGUAGCAGGUGGCCUGUGACGUUGUGACCGUGUUCUCGAUCGGAGUCGCCGUGCCAUGUCAGUCUCAGUCAGUCGAAUCGGUCAAUCGUUCGAUCGAUCGGUCAGUCGAUCAGUCGAUCACUCGAUCAGUCACGACUCCUUGGUCAGCCUCUUGAUCAGUCAUUCUGUAUCUGUCGGUGCCUAUGCACAACUCUGCCCACCCUUUCGCUCCUUUUGCAAGAAGUAGACGCUGUUAGCUCUGCUCCUACAUGUAUAUACAUAUACAUAUUUACGUAUGCAUGUAUGUAUAUAUAUGUAUAUAUAUACGUGCACAUACACGGAUCUCUCCAUGUCCCCCCAUGACCAUCCAGAAUAAAUUCCUCGAACUGUAUCUUAUCCACCUUCGAGCUACCUCUAGGUCUUGUUUCACGUGUAUGCGGUCGCCAUUGCUCGGUCUCUUCCAAUUUACCGGGCUAGAUGGCGCUGAUUGUCGAAUCCCCCCUCCCCCGAUGAACGUCGGCCAGCUUGAGCGGACCAAGUGGGCGCGAAAAUAAAAUCGAGGUGCACGAAACGGAACGAGGAAUCGUCGUGGGAAAAAAAUAAUGAACCGAUCUGUUUCGUGAUAACGGGGAGACCAAAGGAACGACCGGUCAUCGUUCAGAGAGCCUGACGAAAAAGAAAAGUAGCGAAGCGGAUAUCGGAUACACCCGGCCUACGAGCACUGUGCGUUUAUGUUCCUCGGGGCUAAACUGUGACGCUAACUUAUCUCUUUGUUUCUCUGUAUGUGUGGCGUGUGUAUAUAUUACGUAGCAUACGCGAACCGUAUGCAUACCCAUAUAUCUAUGCGUGUGUAUGUACGAGCAUGUGCGUGUACGCGGCAGCCGUACGAUCUAAAGCUGAUGAGAGAGGAGCUGAUAGUUUUUUUUUUUUGUUUUUUUUUUGUGUGUCGGGACUGUCGCUGCAAUCUGUCGUCGGUACCGAAGGAAUUGAAACGAACGAGAACGGAAAGAAUCAAUUUUAGAUCGUAAUGAAUUCUUUGUGGACCUUUAGCGUAAGAGAUAUUCACGUACAAUCACUAAGUAGCCGUUAAAAAAAAGAAAAAGGGAUGAAGGUGUGCUUCGAUCCGUGAAACGGAACCCGGGCACACCCUUGUAUCAUACGAGAACACUAUUCGCGCAUACGUUAAUUUAGCGAUUAAGAAUCGAUCGUAUCGAUUUAAGUUUUGGGAUCGCUAUCAGCGACGCGAGGCGCCUGUUCAUAUGUAGAUACACGCACUGACGUACCGGCUAACCGAAUAAUAGGGAAAGUAAAUAGAACAAUGGAGGGGAAUUGCCAGAGACGUGUAAACGAAGCGAUGAGGGAACGGUCAGUUCGAUUUAACGUGUAAAUUAAAUGGUGUAAAGAUUACCAAAAAAAGAACCAAAAGAAAAAAAAAGACAAAACUUGGAACAAGGAAACAAAA